CUUACUCUCAAGCAAGCACUCGAUUCGAUCAAUAAAGAUCUCAAACGAAUUUCAAAAUAUGGCUCUGAUGCAAAAUGUAGAGAAAAAGCAGAGUCUAUAAUCGUCAACUGGAAGAAGCUGAACAACUCUUGGUUGUUUGGUUAUGAACUCCUGGUUCCUGCAAAGCCGUACACUCUUGGUCGAUCGGAAUAA